AUGCUUUUUUUUUUUAUACACUUAGCUUUUGUCUCUCAGGUUGCCCUUGCUGAAGAUUAUAUCUCAAGUACUGCACUUGCCGAAUGUAGCUCUAGCACGGCUAUUAGUGUGAAUUACUUUGAUGCCAAAAUGUCACGAUCCGGGAUGCUCGACCUUGCUUUCACUGGCUAUCUUGGUAUAUCAGGCAAUGUCGCAGCUGAUAUCGUCAUAUUGGUCUAUGGAUAUGAGAUUCUAAACGAGACAAUUAGUCUGUGUGAUUUGGGCCUGGAUAGUCUUUGUCCAAUGGCAUCUGGUGCAAUUGACUUACCCCAGGCGAGCUUGAAUGUGUCAUCAAUCGCAUCAGCAAUUCCUGGCAUUGGUUACACUGUGCCAGACCUGGACGCUACGGUCCUUGUGUACGUCAACGAUCAAUCGACAGGAACAAGUCUAUCUUGUCUGUCGGCUGAUCUUUCCAAUGGUCACACGGUGUAUCAAGCCGCAGUUUCAUGGGUUCUUGCCGUCGUUAUCGGUGCUGGUUUGAUCGGAUCCAUCGUUGCCUCGAUCAAAGGUCUUGUUAAUACCGCCACCCACCUAUCUUUCUCAUCACUGGCUUUAUUGGAUUUUAUGCAGUUGCAGGCAAUGAUUGGCCUCUGCUCAGUCAAUCUACCACCUAUAGCGCAGUCAUGGACACAGACUUUCCAAUGGACUUUGGGUAUCGUGUAUCUUGGUUUUCAACAGACUUUCAGUACGUGGUACUUACGUGCAACAGGAGGCACUCCAUCUACCAUCGUGGAAGAUUCAAAUAUGAUCUCGGUGGUUGUGGAGAAGCGGGACUUUUCUGCCAAUGAUCGCACUCCCAGCAGAAGUCUACUCAGAAGAGCAUCCUCGGACGGGUCAGACAGGAGUGAGAUCAUCGUGAAAGGAAUCAAUCGAAUGGCUUACCGAGCCGGGAUUGAGCCUAGCAAUAUUUUCAUGACCUCUUAUUCCUCAUUCAUAUUCGUCGGGCUCACGCUCUUCGCGGUAUUGGCAGCAUUCCAACUCGGGUGCCGUAUUCUUAAAAAGUUCAAUAAGCUCCCCCAAUGCCUGGAGGACGCUUCAAUGUGCCUGCGGCGUGCUGACCGGGCCCUGGUUUUCCGAUUCCUGGCUAUUGCUCUCCCUUCAAUAACGUCUUUUGGCUUCUGGGAGCUCUCGCAGAUUGAUUCUAGUGGGAUAGUCGUCCUGGCUGUAACCUGGUGGACCGGGCUCAUAUUAUCUCUGGCGUGGACUACAGGUACUACUAUCUUCCGUGUUCAAAGGGCUCGGAAAUUGGACAUAACGCCAGCAUACGUCCUGUAUUCGGGAAUGAUCGGAUCCAAGUCGAUACUCCUGCACAUACAUUAUAGAGCAAACGCCUACUACUUCUCCGCCAUACAACAAUUAUACAUCGUAACGGAAGGUCUUACUAUCGCAGCCAGCCAGUCUGUUCCCAAAAAACAAGCCAUUAUUCUCGUGGUCAUCAAUGCUAUUAUGAUGGGUGUCACAAUUUGGAUUCGCCCUUGCAUAGAUGGAAGCACGAAUCGCCGCGCUAUUACGACAGCUGUCCUCCAAUUCUUGAACUCCAUCUGCGUCCUUAUUUUCUCGGAUAUCUUUGGCGGACUCAAAAGUGUUGCCAGUGUCGUCGGUGUGAUAUAUUGCAUAUAUAAUGCAAUAUACAUGCUUGUGCUUGUGAUGUAUAUCAUUAUCCCCUUGGUCCGCGCCGUCAGCAUGAAAAACCUCGAAGCUCGAUACGAAAUCGUCAAGGACAAUCGCGAAUCAUUUAUCAAUCUACAUAAACAAAUUCCAUUGGAGCUUCAAGAUAUAAGUAUUACCGCUUGA